AUGAUCACGCAAAAGCUUACAAGUUCCCAACCCAGAAGUCACUUCUUGACCGCGAACUUGGGGGACUACUGUUUACACCAUAAUCAACCGAGCAUAUCCAGUCUCAAAACAACUAGCACCAAGGCAGACACGCCUUCUUUCCUGCCGAAGGAAGACACUCUUCCGAGGUGCCAAGCACCUGCCGAAACUCCCGACUGCCAAAGCUCACAAACUGUUAAACCUAAUUCUCAUAACACGUGUCACCACCGCGGCGACUUGCACAGAGUCCCACAUCGGAAAUCUACACCAACCUCCCACUUUCACUUCCCUAUAAAAAGGGAACAGUACCCUAGUAAGAGGGGCAUCGGAGGGCCUUUGGUCAACACCCCCCGGGUGUGGUCCUCUUAUUGGUUCUAUUUUGCAGGGAGAAGGAGGCGGCGAAGAAGAAAGGGGAAUCUUUCCAAUCGAAUAUUCUCGUGGGGAAAUUUGUACAAACAAACUGGUGCUUUCAUUGAGAGCACGAGUUAUAUUCAACGCGUGCUCAAGGAAUCCGUUCCUCCUAUUUUCCAAUCCACCGAAGCCUUCCAAACAACCAUGGUUGGAAGCAUGAAGACGAGAGGCAAAACCGCCGCGAUGGCUAAAUCCGCGACGGCCCAAAGCCACUCCACCUACGGGCCCGCAAUCGACAUGGUGGCACCACCACCUCUCACCACCGCACCGGCCACCGCCGCCGAACAUGGUGGAACCUCUCAUCAAGGUUGA